AUGCUUCAACAUCAAAGUAUUGUAUUUAUAUUUCUGCUCAUUUUGAGUUCAAGUUCCUCACAAUAUUUCGGUCUAAUAGAACUUAUCAAACGAGCUAACAAUCAUUGUGAUUCAUCAACUAUUUCUUUCGUCAACUUUAAGGGAAAUUUUCUAUCAAUUUUCUUGCAAGAAAAUCCCAAAAUACCAGUUUUCAUAUUAAACAACUUGGAAAUUGAGUACGAAAAGUUCCCUAAUGUCAUCUUGGUAAUUCAAGUGCUUGAGAAUGAAUCCAUUCAGAAUGAUAAAGUUUUGCCAAAAAUAAUCCCUAAACUUCGAGAUCGAAAAUGUGUUAUAGUAUUUGGAAGUAAUUUUACAAAUUUGGAACAAAGUUUUUCAUUUCUUGCGAGCAAUAAUUUUCGACUAAUCCUUGGAAUUGCUGACAACAUUCGAUUUGCAUAUUUCCCAUUUGCAGACAAUAAAAUGCAGAAAUUUUCUCGAAAUGGACCAUUUCCUCAGCCCUUAAAGGAUUUAUAUGGAUUUACAAUACGUACAACUUGUUCUUUGGACCUUCCACGACUUUCUCGAUUGGCAGGCUUUAGUAAAGACUCUAAACAAGAAAUAUCAGGAUUUUUGGGAAAAUUAUUUCUUAGCUUUAUUAAAAAACACAAUGCAACUUUUAGAGAAAUCCUGAGCCCAUUCACAAACAGAUCAAUGAGAGGUGAUGAAAUAGUGAAUGCAGGACGAGAAAACAGAAUCGACAUUAGUAUGAAUGCCUAUGUUCCACAAGAAACAGGCGGCUGGAGUUAUCCAAUUAAAGUCAUCGCUUGUGUUCUGAGGGUUCCAGUGAAUGGUUUUGUCGAUCCAAAGGAAUAUUUUAAAAGACCAUUUAGUCCUGGAGUAUGGCUAUGGAUUGGUAUAUUUGUGAUUUAUGUCACUUUGAUGAAGGUCCUUGUCAACAAAUGCCUGGAGAAGGAUCCCGAAUACUGGUAUAGUUUCAGUACUGCAUUUUCAGCGAUGUUGAUGUUAUCACCGGAGAAAAAUGUUACCAAUUAUUUUCGUUUGCAUUUGCAGAUUUUUAUAUUCACUCUCUUAAUUGCAACCAUCUAUACUAUAUAUUUUACCUCCUUUAUGACAGUUUAUAUACGAAUCAAACAAUUGGAUACCCUUCAAGAUUUGGUUGAUAACAAUCUUCCAGUAUUGGUAGGAAGUCUGGAUUAUGAGCAGUUUAAAAAGGCGAAUCCUUAUCCGAAGCAGUUUUUUGAUCUACUGGUUCCAGUUAGCUCUGUUGAAUACACUCGGGAACUCCUUCCAAUGAGUAAUAAUACUAUUGCCUUUGUGAUAGGUGAAGAUAGAAUGGAUUUUUUCUAUCAAAUCGAACGUUCUCUAAGAGAUCCUUGGUUUCGUAAGGCCAAAGAAAGAUUGAAUUACUUUUUGUUUAGUUAUAUAACUGCUCCGCAUUCAAUAUUCGAAGAUAUUUUGAAUGAUUGUAUUUUGAAUGUACAACAAUCUGGUUUAAUGCAGAAAUGGGAUUCGGAUUUUACGUCUACAUCUUUUGUACAAAUAAAAUCUGCGCUCGGUUUGGGGAAUACUUUUAAAGCAAUGCAUGGUCCAUUGAAUGUUGAGCAUUUUAUUAGUGUUUGGAUUGGCUGGGCUUUCGGGUUGAUUUUGGGAUUGGUUGUAAUAGUGAAACUUCGAAGCAUGGUAGAGUAA